UUGGGCGUGAUCACUGUCCAAUUCUAUGAGCAAGUUCUUGGUUUUGUUCUCAUCCAGAGGCCCUCUUCCUUCGACUUUGAUGGAGCUUGGUUGUUCAACCACGGAAUUGGAGUUCAUUUGCUAGGAAAAGAAGACGCACCAUCAAAGAAUGGAAAGAUAAUAAACCCAAAAGAUAACCACAUUUCAUUCCAAUGUUCCGAUAUGGAUCUCAUUAUUCGAAGAUUGGACGAAAUGAAGGUUGAGUAUGUAAUAGCAACUGUAAAAGAAGGUGGAGUCACUGUGGAUCAACUCUUCUUUCAUGAUCCAGAUGGCAACAUGAUUGAGAUCUGUAAUUGUCAAAAUAUACCAAUUCUUCCACUUUCCUCUUGUCCUCUCAAGAAGUUCAACAAAUAUCCAGUCUUCAACCAAACCAUGCCUAAUUCUUUUCACGGGAAUGGAACCAGUAAGAUGAAUUGCUUAGGAGAAGUGGAAUAUUUGAUGAUGGAGAACUUAGCCAUGAAUAUGAUUGACAUUUUAUUUUGA